AUGGCUGAACUUUUCGAUGGCCGCACUCCCGAGCAGCUCGAAAAGAGUGUCGAGGAAGGUGUGGCGUUGCUCGGCAGCAUCCAGAGUGCCCUGCAAGAACAGCCGAGUCAGGACACCACUCAAUGGCUUCAAGCCAUCGACACUGUUCAGAAGCAGGCCACUCGGUCGAAGACAGUGAUCGGCGUGGUCGGUGCAACUGGGGCCGGGAAGAGCUCAGUCAUCAAUGCGAUGCUCGAUGAAGAACGUCUGGUGCCCACAAAUUGUAUGCGAGCCUGUACCGCCGUCGUUACUGAGAUCAGCUACAAUCAUCAGGAGGGUGCACCUUACAGAGCAGAGGUCGAGUUUAUUUCUCGCGACGACUGGCACAAGAUGCUGAAGAUCCUGUUCCAAGAUCUUCUCGAUAACUCGGGUCAGGUUUCUCGUGAAUGUACCAACGAAGAUUCGGAAAGCGGUAUUGCAUAUGCCCAGAUCAAGGCAGUCUACCCGAGGAUGACCAAAGACGACAUGGAAAACAGCACGAUUGAGAGACUAAUGCAGCAUGACAAUGUUGCAUGCCUAGGCACCACGCGCGACAUUGAAUCCGACGACCCAGCAAUGUUCUACAAAAAGUUACAACGCUAUGUUGACAGCAAAGAAAAGACGCAAGGGAUGAAGGAGAAAGUGAGCAAGAAGGACAGCAAGCCUCGUGAGAUGGAAUUUUGGCCAUUGAUUCGAGUGGUGAGACUGUAUGUCAAAGCUCCCGCCCUGGCUACCGGUGCGGUCAUCGUCGAUCUCCCUGGUGUCCACGAUAGCAAUCAGGCUCGCGCAGCUGUCGCACAAGGCUACAUGAAACAAUGUACUGGGCUUUGGAUCGUGGCGCCCAUCACAAGAGCAGUUGAUGACAAGUCUGCAAAGACCCUCCUUGGCGACACUUUUAAGCGCCAACUGAAGAUGGACGGCGGCUUCGACUCAGUUACGUUUAUCUGCAGCAAGACCGACGACAUUUCGAUCACCGAGGCACAGGACUCGUUAGGGCUCGACGACGAGUUUACACCGAUGUGGGAGAAGUCGGAAGAGUUGCGGAAGAGGAAGAACCAUCUGAAGAGACAGAUCAGUGAUCUCAAAGACACCAAGCUCGACAUUAACGCUGCCAUGGAAGCGGCCGAGGAAGAUCUUGAACUUUGGGAAGCGUUGCAGCAGGACUUCAAUGAUGGCAAAACUGUGUUCAAACCAGGAUCAAAGUCACAGAAGCGCAAGCGCGAGGAUGACUGUGGGCCGUCAAAAAAGAAGAAGAGACCAAAUUACAAGGAAGCGGACUCAGACGACGACUUCAUCGACGAUGGAGACAGUACAAGCAGCGAGGCAGGAUCCGAUGACGCAUCUUCCGUCACUGGCGAGGAUCCCGGCGAGCCUCUUCAAGAAGAUGAAAUUGCAAUGAAAAUUGCAGACCUUCGUGGCACUCGCAAGGAAGGCCGCCGCGAGAAGAUCCGGAUCGACCAAGAAAUCCAGAAGCUGGAAGACCAGAUUAACGAGAUUGAGAAAGAAUCUGAGGACAUCGAUGGUACGCUGUCUGCCAAGUGUAUCUCAGGGCGCAAUGAGUACUCGCGAGCUGCGAUCCGACAGGACUACGCCGCAGGAAUCCGCGAACUUGACCAGGAAAUUGCCGAAGAGGAGGACGCUGCCAAUUUCGAUCCGGAGGUCGACCGUCGCAACUACGACGAGGUCGCCCGCAAGUUGCCAGUCUUCUGCGUGUCUUCUCGAGCCUACCAGAAGUUGAGAGGCCGCCUGCAGAAGGACAAGUCCCCGCCGGGCUUCAACCACAUCGACGAGACCGAGAUGCCGGCACUCCAAGCUCACUGUAUCCAAUUGACAACAGCGAGUCGCGUGACGGUGUGCCGCAAGUUCCUAACUGGCAUGUUUCAGCUUUUGAAUUCUCUCCGUCUUUGGGCAUCGAAUGAGAGUACGGGCACGAACCUUACGGAAGGUCAAAUCAAGAGGGAAGCUGAAAUCCUCAAAGAAAGACUUGCCAAACUCGACUCUGCCCUUGAGAAAGCUGUUACGGCCAUUGUCAGUGGAAUCGAGGAAGAGUUACAAGACAAGGUGUAUGACGCCUAUCCAACCGCCACUGGAGCCGCUCGAUCCGAAGCGAGCGAUACUGUUUACAAAUGGGCCUCCCCCGUCAAUCGCGAAAACCGGGCGGCGGGAGGGCUUUAUUGGGCCACGUACAAGGCUGUCGUGCGGCGCGACGGAGUGUUUAGCAGUGCUUGGGCCACCAACAAUUUCAACGAGCAGCUGACCGAACCCGUCAUUCGUCAUCUCGCGGGGCCUUGGGAGUCAGUCUUUGCUCGCAGGCUGCCUGGCAUUCUCAACUCACUACCGACGAACGCCGGCCAGAUCUUGACAACCUUCCACGACGAAGUUGAGCGGCGAGCCAUCCGUAACGGGGCUUCGAUCGCUUCCUUUCAGAUGCUCAAGCACCAGAUCGCCGUGUAUAAGGAGACCCUGAAAGAUGCAAUCAGCGAAGCACGCAACCUAAUGUCUGAGAGGCAGCGGAACAUCAACCGCGAAUUCGAGCCACGGGUUCGUGAGCACAUGCUGCCGGUCUAUGAUCUGUGCACCGCAGAGAGCGGACCCGGCCAGUUCGUCAGAAUGAAGGGCUACAUGGACCGCCAUGUCGAGCAGGAGAAGUCGACAAUGUUCAAUGAUGCUGUGGAACACGUCCGCGAACUCCUUGACCAGAUGCUCAAAGACGUAAAAUCAAUCCUUCUCGGCAAGGUGGAUGUCGUGCUUAUGGCCAUUGAGAGAGACUACACCGGCGUCGUCGUUGGCCAAGAGCAGGGCAGGAGCAACGAGAUGCUCCCCCGCGAUCAGCGCAUGAUGCGGCGGGCAGUGAUCGAGAUCAUCGAUAGUGCUGAAACGAUUUUCAAGCGAGCUGUCGGUCUGGAAUCCGAAUCAGCAGCGGAGCCGGACACCCAGGCACAACCUGAUGCUGAGAUCGAGACCAAGCAUACACCAACUGACACGGUGAAGGAAGAACCUGUGGAGCAAGGGAGCUUGGAUCAUGUGCCGGACGCUGCUGCCCUACCUCGAGCAGAUCUGGGUACUGCUACUAAGCCGUCCACGGAGAGGGAAAUGACGGAUGCGUCAGCAACGGAAACGCCACCUUGA